UUGAGUUACUGAUUACAGUCACUGUUACAUAUUGAUUUUCAUCAGAGCUUAAACAAGACAACCUUCCAGACUUCUCUUCAGAAAUCAUCUGCUGUGGGAAAAUGGUAGAUUUUGGAGAUAUUCUGAAGACCAUUGGAGACUUUGGUUUCUUCCAAAAGCUCAUCAUUUUAGGUUUAUCUUUCCCAAAUUUCUUGCUACCAGUUUCCUUCUGCAGCUUUCUUUUCAUUCAGUCGGAUCCGGAGCGACACUGUAACACAGACUGGAUCCUCAGAGCCGCUCCUAACCUGACUAUAGAUGAGCAGCUUAACCUUACUCUGCCCAGGGAGAAGGACGGCAGCUUCAGCAGGUGCCGGAUGUUUGUCCCUGUGGACUGGAACAUCAGCACCAUCAGGAACUACGGACUCAGCAACACCACAGAGUGCAUGCAUGGAUGGGUGUAUGGCAACAUGCUGUAUGAGACCACCGUAGUCACAGAUUUUGAUCUCGUCUGUGGAAAGUCUAACAUGGCUGAAGUUGCACAGACGAUCUUCAUGUUUGGUUUACUUGCUGGUUCACUCAUCUUUGGACCUUUAGCAGACUUGUAUGGCCGCAGGAGAACCACCCAGCUACCUGCUGUCCUCUUGUUAACAUUCGUCAUUGUUGCUGGCAUGUCUCCAAGUUUUGAAAUUUACGUUGUGUCACAGUUCAUUGUUGGAGCUGCACUUGGAGCAUAUAGGAUCAACUCUGUUGUGCUGGCUACAGAGUGGAUCGGGAUCACCAAGAGAUCCUUUGCCUCCUGCAUGAGCCAGUUGUUUGCAGGUCUUGGACAGUGUGCCAUGGCUGGUCUGGUCUACGUUGUUCGUGAUUGGAGAAAAACGCAGUAUAUCGUUGCAGGAGCUCAGUCCUUUGUGGUUUUGUACAUAUGGUGGAUUCCUGAAUCUGCGAGGUGGCUUUUGUGGAAGGGAAGAACAGAUGAAGCUAAGAAGUUGAUACGAAAAGUUGCAGCAAUCAAUAAAAAGGAACCCCCCGAGACUCUGCUGGAUGAGGUAACCAGGGAACAACAAGUCCGAAGUGGAGGAAUUAAAGAAAUUUUUACCUCAAGAGUCCUGAUAAAACGCAUCUUUAUUAUAUCUUUUGCAUGGUUUUCAUUGAACUUGGGCUACUUCAGUCUUAUUCUAAAUGUGGGUAAGUUAGGUCUGAACAUCUUCUUGGUUCAGUUCCUUUUUGGGAUUUCUGAGGCUCCUGCACAUCUCCUCUGUAUCUGGGUUCUGGAGUUCCUGGGGAGAAAAAAAUCCCUCAUAUCAACACUUCUGACAGGCGGAUUAGUUUGCCUUUUAACCCUGGCUUUUUCUCAAGACAGCGCCGUUGCCAUCACAGCCCUUGUAACCACAGGGAAAUUCUUUUUGAACUGGGCUGGUUCAGUUUGUAUGGUUUACAUUCAGGAGCUGUUCCCCACUUCUGUCAGGCAAACCGCUGUGGGCUUGGGCUCUUUAGCCUUUAGAGUUGCAGGUUUGCUGUCUCCGCUGCUUAACAUGUUAGCUGUAUACCACCACUCUGUACCCAUCAUAGUCUUCAGCAGCCUGGCUGUGGUCAGUGGAGCUCUUGUCUUUCUGCUUCCUGAAACCAGCAGAAAAGAGCUGCCUGAUUCAACUAUUGAUGGCAAGGACAGCGGGGUUACGACCAACAAGACGACUGGAAAUGAUUUCAUCUGGACUGUAAACAUCAGUAUGAAAUCAACCAAACUCUAGGUGGAGCACUGGAAGCUUUUGUAGGGUCUAAAUUUAACUGUAAACUCUGUUGUCGUAAUAAAAAUAUACUUCUGGCUCACUUGUGAGAAAGUGUGAUAAAUCUUUUGGUUAAAAGUUUUGUCUGCAGCACUGUCAGCUCCUGUCAGCUGUGA